AUGCACGCCAGGCCGCAUCACGAAUCGCAAACGUCGUUACCAACCAGCUCCGUUUCUCCACCACGCACCGACGCACACCUAAUAGACCCCCAUCGCGCGCUCGCCAUGGCGGCCGACCCGCAGAGCCAGUCGCUGGCGGACGGCACGGCGGUGGCGGCGGCGCGGCUGCCGGCGUCGUUGGACAUGCCGGAGUUCAACACCGUCGACUUCAUCAACCACCUCUUCCCCAACGAGUCGUCGCUGGCAGCCGUGGAUCCGCUCAUCCAGAAGCUGCGCAACCGCAUCCGCCGCGUCGACGCCGAGAUCCUCCUCGCCAUCCGCCAGCAGAGCACGUCAGGGUCGCAAGCGAAGGACGACCUGGCAGCCUCCAUGCGCGCCAUUGAGGAGCUGUGGGUGAAGAUGCGGGCGAUAGGGGCGAAGGCGGAGGCGAGUGAGGUGAUGGUGCAGGAGAUAUGCCGCGACAUCAAGAAGCUUGACUGUGCCAAGAAGCACAUCACCGCCACCAUCACCGCCCUCAACCGCCUCGCCAUGCUCGUGUUCGCGGUGGAUCGUCUGCAGGCGCUGGCCGCCAACCGCCAGUACCGCGAUGCCGCCGACCAGCUGCAGGCGGUGACGCAGCUGCUGGCGCACUUUGAGGCGUACAGGGACAUCCCCAAGAUAGCGGACCUGCAGGGGCGCGUGGCGGCGCUCAAGGCCACGCUCAAGUCGCACAUCUUCUCCGACUUCUCCACGCUGGGAACGCCAGUGAUGAGGGAGAACGGGCAGGUGAUGCAGCAGCUGGCGGACGCGUGCCUGGUGGUGGCGGCGCUGGACAGCGACGGGCAGGCGCGGGACGAGCUGGUGCGCUCCGUGUGCAGCAAGGAGCUCACCGCGUACCAACAGAUCUCCAGGGCACGGGUCAGUACCAGCAGAUCUUCCAGGGCACGG